GAAGUUGCUGAUAUCAUGCAGGAGGAGGGGCCAGAUCCGAUGAUGGCGUCCUUCCCGCCCGGCUUUGUAUGGCACGGGAGCAGCGAAGACCCACAACUCGCCGAGACUUCCCUGGAGAAAUACCUCAAGUGGGAGGCGACGGGCAAGGAGCUGGAAGAAGUGGUCGAGAACGACAUCCAUCCUGGAUUCCAGACAGGGAAUCUGGUGGGAAUAGCCCGGCUCGCGCAGCAGCAGCGCCAGUCCCUGCUCCUGCCCAUCGUCGAGCCGAUGUCCAAACACUCGGCCCAGUCCAAGUCUUACUCCACGAACACACUCUACUACUCCUGCAGCACGCUGCGGGAGAGUCGGCGCAAGAAGCGCAAGCGAGGGGCCGUGAAGGGCUCCGAGAAACGCACA